AUGUGGCGAGAGGUGGACGUUCUUGUGCAAGGCCGCUGGAUGCAGCUGCUCCUCAGAGACUUUCUGCAGGACUGGGGUGGCGCCUCGCGCUACCGGACCCUGGCGCAACCGCAGUGCAGCCGUUGCCACCGACUCUGCUGGGCCAAGCGGCGGGGCGCCUUCCGUCGAUGUCCAUGCGUGGCGUGGCGGGAUGCAAGGCCUUCUCUCACCAUCGUGUCCUUGAACUUAGAACGCAGUGAGGACGGCAGUUUUUGUGAGUGGUCAGGCUUUUCUGCGGCCAGAGCAGCCACAACGGCGCUUUUUCAGGUGCAGUUCCGAUCAGUGGCCGAGCUCUCGGAUGCUGCCCUGGAGACAGCAGAUCUCGUCUUCCUCCAUACGACCAGUGCGAAGAGGGCAUUGACAGCGGCUGAGCAGGCAACGCUGUCUAGAUUUUGCGACCGUGGUGGUACUGCCGUGCUGAACUGCUUCAGCGCUUGGACGGUCAAUGGCGGCUGGGGAAAGGAGCUGGUAAAGUUUCUGGGCGUUUUUCCGGAGCCCUCGGCAAAGUACGGUGCCGGCUACGCGACGCAGCUUUCGACCGCUCCAGGACUGGAGGAUCUCUGUGUUGCGGGACCCUGGGGUGCGCCGCACGCUUACCAGUCCUGGAGCUCCAUUUUGAGAGCUAUGCGGAGCGAUUCUGUCCUUUCCAAUGAUGAAGCCCGGAGCUUUAUCAAUAUUGGCGAAACAAACUUCAACGCCUGGCUGCCCCUAACCUCUGGAGAAGCUAUCCCGCUGUGCACAAUCGGUCUCCAGGAGAGCCCAUUGAGCCGCAAGACACCCCUUUGGUUCCCGAAAGUCAACGGUGCGGGCCAGGCUUUCCUCUGCUCCAACCUGCACUGGUUGGCAGACCCUCAAGCUUGGCACGGAGGGCUCAUCCGAUCGGAGGGCAACGUCAUUCUUUGGCUGAACAUCUGCGCCUCUGCAUGCCGAGCGCUUUGA